GUUGAGCUACUUGUGUCCACUGGUGUGUUCCAGUAUAUUUACAGUUUGCUGGCUGCUGUUUGUGUGAGCAGUAAUGUGUGUGUUAAUGCUCUYAUUAUUAGUGUUGAUGUUUUUMGGGUUUCAGARUUCAGAUGUUCCUCACAGAGUCCGGCAGGAGGGUGUGGUCCAGGUGUGGUCGGGGCAGGUAGCGGUGCUGGUUCUGACGGGCCGCGGUACUUCAGUGUGAUGUGGUGUAAGGCCAGUGGGAGGAAACACAAACGCUGGCAGGGAGACGCUGUCCUGGUGACACAAGGGCGCACUGCCACGCUUAAAGACAUGGAGGGCAAGGACAUCGGCAAGGGUAGUGGCUAUAAGGUAUCAGAGCUGGCAUCGCUGGGUGAAGGAGAGACCUUGAUGAUAGGAGCUAAACAGGUGGAGGUGAUGGGACUCAUAUCAGAGCUGGACUACAAUAAGGGCCGCUGUUUCCUUGACGUCCAUGUGGAGAAGGAGGAGCCUAAGAUAUCAGCUCCUCCCCCCUCACGACGCCCAGCUUCCAAACCGUUCUGCCGUCCYACGCUAUUGGGCGGAGAGACUGAUAGGGGAGUGGCCAAGCCUCAGGAGGAGGGGCCCUGUAAACCACGCCAUGACCCUCUAGCACCAGGAGCCAUUGUCAUGCCCCGGCCCUCAACCAAUCACCAGUGGGCGUAUAACAAGGCAGGCCUCCCACUGGUGGAUGUGGUGGUUGACCCCUACUUGACCGCUCACCUCCGACCCCACCAGCGAGACGGCCUGCUGUURCUCUACGAGUGUGUCAUGGGGAUGAGGGCUACAUGUAGGUACGGUGCUAUCCUGGCAGAUGAGAUGGGUCUGGGUAAGACCCUCCAGAGCGUGGCUUUGACGUGGACGCUGCUAAAGCAGGGCCCAUACGGCGGGAAGCCGGUUGCUAAGCUUGUGCUGGUGGUUGCCCCCGGCAGCCUGGUGCAGAACUGGGGUGGGGGGCGGAGUUUAAGAAGUGGCUUGGCAGUGAGAGGAUCAACGUCUACACUGUUAACCAG